AUGGCAUUCUGCAGGGGGAAGUGGAGCAUCAUCUUACAAUAUACCUGUACAGAACUUACAGCAGUCUCAAUAGUUGCACAGAAUUCUGCGACCACGCUUGACACUCAACAAGCUCUGGCUGAGCAUGCUGAUCAAGGCGGAGCGGGGGCUGACAAGAUAGCUGAUCAAGACUUCGCGACGAUGACCAUGGUUGGGGCGUUUUCGGGUCCAUCUGUAAAAGACGCAACAUCGCCAAGUGUGACUGGCUCCAUGGUCACACAGAGCACCGAGAUUGCUUUUGCCUCUGACACCUCUUCCGCGACUCGGUCGGUCAGUGGUCCCUCCAAUCCCAAUGAAGUUUCUUCUCCCUCGUCUUCUUCUACCUCCUCUAUCAUUCUCUCGUCCUCACCCACAUCGUACGCUGGAACCGCUGCCAUCCUCUCUCCAGGUCCCUUACACGCGGACGACACGGUCGCCCAAUCGGGGAGUCCGUCCAGACCAAAUCAACUGAAACACAUCCUCAUCAUCGUCAUUCCCGUCGCCCUCUCCAUUCUGCUCGUCGCCUCACUUAUAACGUGGGCAAUAGUAUGGUACAAGAAUCGUCAGAUCAGGUCGAGACGGAAAAGACGGAGCAAGGAAACUAGGCAACAUGGUGAAACGGAUGCAAGUAGCAGUAGUCGUAUACCCAGCAGAUUAUGGCGCGGGACAGGAUGGACAGUCAGUGCGCCAUCCGAACCGUCUUUCGGGACAUUAUCAGUGAUAACCAAAGAUUGGAAGCGUGAGACGUAUGGGUGA